GAAGACAAGCGAAAAGCAGUGAAUAAUCAGCGCAGUGGCGUCUGCCUAUCCUCAGCCUCACUCCGCAGCAUCAGCGUAAUCAAGAGCGCUCUGAUUGGCCAGACGAGCCACUCACGUGCUUUCUCCCGCUAGCAAUCCAGGGUCCAUGACAUAGUAUGCAGAGGAGAGUUGGGGUAUAAAGAAGAGCUGUCUGUCGAUUGAAUACAGCUAUUCACAAGACAAACUCUACCAACCUACUAUACACUACUUCUCGAUCUCGCAAACCUACAACUACAACUACAACUACAUCCUCAACUCUACCAACCAACCACCACAACAUCCAAGAUGGUCUGCUGCGGACGUAACAACGGCACCUGCGUGUGCGCUCAAGAGGCAAAGUGCUCGUGUGGAAAGCAGCCAGCGCUUCAAUGCAGUAUGUCGCUCCCUUCUUUCCUUCACCUUAUGCCCUCUCUCCCCACCUGCGACAAGGCCGCCACCGAGAACAAGCUUCCCGCCGACUCCUCAGCUUGCGCGUGCGGAAAGCGGACAGAGGAUGCGUGCAACUGCGGUCGCGCUGACAACGGAUCGUCGAACCUCGAGACCGACUUCACUACUAGCAAGUAGAUGGUGUGAUUGUGUGGUGUGACAAGGAUGGAGCCUCUGGAUCGUGGCGUGAGGGUGGCAUGGAAGGGAGUUUUCGGCGUUUAUAUGGGACGAUCGAAGGAUCGAGGGUAUACCUGAUAUCAGUGAAUGAUGAUUUGAAAGUUCAAA